AAGUAGAUUGGUAUAAUACCAUAUUUUUUUGUUCACAUUUAUAAUUGCACUAGACCAGUUUGCUACAAGAACAGAAAUCUAACAAAUGUCAGAAAAUUCUUCCAAACAAGGAGCUGAAGAUACUUCAGACAACAAUAUACCUAAAGAAAAGUCUACAGACGACAAAGAAAAAGCUCCAAAGGUGUUGAUCAAAUUUUUGAAUAAUGAUGGAACCGUAGAUCUAGGUCCAUAUAAACCAAUGAUAAAAACUGACGUGCCUCCCAAAAAAGUCAAAAUUACUUCCCUCCCUGAUAAUAUUCUCCAGAUGGUUUUAAGUCUCCUCAAUCAAGUUGACGUAGUUAAUGUCAGUCGUGUAAACAAGAAGCUUAAUAAACUUGCCACCUCAAAAUUGUAUAAAUCAAUCUUUGUUUAUUUACCAGAAGAUCGAGCACUCGAUCCACCCAGACGAGUUUGCAAGAGUACACAACUAGAAUUCCAAAAGAACUUCACUGUUGUUAAUGGAUUUAAAGAAUUCUUUAUGAUUGUAGCUGAGCCUGAAAAAUUAAAAUUAACCGAGCGCGUUGUUCUAGUCAUUGAACAACCAAAUUUCUAUUCAAACUUGUGUUAUUCCUAUCUUGUCACCACUUGCCCUUGGAUACUUAUUGAUGUUGAACUGGGUAGCCCUAAGAUGCUUCAACAGCAGCUCGCGAGACUUGAUGUUAUUAAUCAACUUCAAUUAUACAAUGACUUGAGAUUCAGUUACUCCAUGGAAGAUAACUAUUCAAUUGAGCGAUUGUACAUUGAAGGUGUUGAAAGGUUAUACUCAGACCCGUUGGCCAUCAUUCCCCAUUUGAAAGCAUUAACCACCCUUUGUAUAUUUGAUGUUACAACCAUAAAUAUCCUUAAAGUAUUCAGGAGGAGGAACAUUACUAAUUUAAAACUCAAGAGGUUAUCAUUGCAAGUUUGUAAAAUUCCGAUCAGGGAGUUGGGUGAAAUUUUCGAUUUGAGAGAGAUCGUCUAUUUUGAACUUGUUUUCUUUAAAAAUGUUCGACCUUAUUCAGAUUUGAAAUGGCUUGCUUCAAAUAUGCCCAAACUCAGAGAUAUUAAAAUUGUUUGGUGGAAUGCAUCUUUUGAAAAAAUUAUGGAACAACUUGCAGGACAUAGGAUAGUAAACGUCCGAUUACAUUCCUUACAACCAAAAAAAGAAGGUGAUAUUCAGCGUUGCGAACUGACAAUGCCUAACCUUAUCAAGGGCCAUGAAAGAUCAUUGACCCAUUUCAGUUUGUACUCUGGUAUGGAAGAAAUCACUGGAAUUUGGGAUCGUCAUAAAUGGUAUACUAGAAAAGAUCCAUCUGAUAAUUCAAAGGUGAAUACACACAUAAAGAUCUUCUCGAGAAGAAAGUUCUUUUUAAAGAUGGAUGCAUAUGGGCAACAACAAAUCGUUAUAGCAGGUUAACCAACUAUAACAAAAUUUUGCUUUAAUAUUUAUAAUUGUGUUAUAUCUUGUACUUUUCUGUCUCAAAGUUUCUCAAAAUUUUAUUAUAUAUUCUAGUAUUCAAUUGUAUAGAUAGUAACUGAUGGAUCGUUCAUUCCUUCAUAUGCAAAGAAUUAUUUUCAUUU